AUGUGCUGCAGCAGUGCGCUCUGCGCGUCCCUCAAGUCUGGCGGCCUCACUCAGGCCCCAUCACAAGCAGUCGCGCGCUCCCUGAUUGAGACCGGCAAUGGCGGCGCGUCGAUGUUGGCCAGGAUGUUGGGCCCUCAGCAGGGUUGGACGAUGGCCGCAAAGGGACGCAGGCUGGCAGCGAAGCCUCUGUCCACCUAUGGCAUGAACAGCGGCGGCGGUUUCGGCAGCGGCUUAGGCGGCAGCGGCUUGCGCGGCGCCCGCGGCUUCAGCAACGCCCCUUUCUCAGCUGGCAACAUCAUGGCAGGCAGCCAGUUCAUGGGCGGCAACAGCAUGAUGAACACCCCCUUCAUGGGCGGCAACAGCAUGAUGAACGCCCCUUUCAUGGGCAGCAACAGCAUGGCCGGCGCGCAGGGCGGCAACAGCAUGGCCGGCUCCAUGGCCGGCGCGCAGGGCGGCAACAGCAUGGCCGGCUCCAUGGCUGGCGCGCAGGGCGGCAGCAGCAUGGCCGGCUCCAUGGCCGGCUCCCAGGGCGGCAGCAGCAUGGCCGGCUCCAUGGCUGGCGCGCAGGGCGGCAGCAGCAUGGCCGGCUCCAUGGCUGGCGCGCAGGGCGGCAGCAGCAUGGCUGGCUCCAUGGCUAGCACCCAGGGCCGCAGCAGCAUGGCGAGCUCUUCCGCAUCGUCUAAGGGGGGCAGCAGCAUGGCCAGCUCUUCGGCUUUCUCCAAGGGUGGCAGCAGCAUGGCCAGUGCUUCCUCAUCAAGCUCUGGCGGCAGCAGCAUGGCCAGUGCUUUCUCGAGCAGCAGUUAA